GCAGUUGCAAUACAGUUGUUAAUUACUAACAAUUAUAAAAUAGUGAUAUCCGAUAAAUUAGUGAUAAACGGCGAAAACGGAAUAGUAUUUUCUUGAAAAACGAUGGAUGCAAUAAACAUCAACUUUGGCAAUAUGAGAAGAAACGAUCGUAGUGAACAGGAUCUAGAUUGUUUUAACGAAGGAAGUCAUGAACUAAGGACUGACAAACGGGAGCUUAGUCAUAGGAUUUUCGUCAACCGAAGUCUACAUCUAGAAAAUAUAAAAUUUUAUGGUUUUGACAUGGAUUAUACUAUAGCAGAAUACAAAUCUCCUGAAUAUGAACAACUUGGCUUCAAUUUAUUAAAAGAUCGGCUAGUAUCUUUGGGAUAUCCAAAAGAAAUUCAAAAUUUUGAAUAUGACCCUAGCUUUCCCAUUAGAGGAUUAUGGUUUGACACUCUCUAUGGGAAUUUGCUGAAAGUAGAUGCAUAUGGUAAUAUACUGGUCUGUGUACAUGGAUUCGAGUUUUUAAAACAUUCCCAGGUAUACGAGUUGUACCCGAACAAAUUCUUACAAUUAGACGAGUCUCGAGUUUAUGUUUUGAAUACAUUAUUCAACCUACCAGAAACAUAUUUAUUAGCCUGCUUGAUUGAUUUUUUUACUAAUUCAAGACAAUAUUCUCGCGAAAGAACCGGAGUCAAAGAAAGCGAAUUGACUAUGAGUUUUAGAAGUAUAUUCCAAGACGUACGAAAUGCUGUAGACUGGAUUCAUAUGCAUGGAGACUUAAAAACUAAGACAAUUGAAAAUUUGUCAUUGUACAUAAAACGAGAUGAAAGGUUACCAAUGUUUUUGACAAGAAUUAGAGAAAGUGGAGCUAAAGUAUUUCUACUGACCAACAGUGACUACGUUUUUACAAAUAAGAUAAUGGAAUAUUUAUUUGCCGUUACACACGGAGGUAAGAUUAACGAACAACGUCAAAAUUGGAAAAGUUAUUUUGAUACUAUCGUAGUUGAUGCUAAGAAGCCACUUUUUUUUGGAGAAGGAACUAUUCUUCGUCAAGUCGACACGGAAACGGGAGCAUUAAAGUUAGGGAGUCAUAAAGGCCCCUUACAUAUUGACGAAGUAUAUUCAGGUGGAUCAUGCGAUGUCUUCACGGAAAUGAUAGGUGCGAAAGGUAAAGAUGUUUUGUAUAUUGGUGACCAUAUUUUCGGGGAUAUUUUGAAGAGCAAAAAAAUUCGUGGUUGGAGGACUUUUUUAAUUGUUCCUGAAUUAGUGCAAGAGCUUCAUGUAUGGACUGAUAAAUGCAAGCUUUUUGCUGAACUUCAAAGUUUAGAUAUUAUGUUAGGAGAAGUAUAUAAAAAUCUAGAUAGUAGUACAAAAGAAAAACCUGAUAUAUCUAAAUUGCGUACAUCAAUACGUGAUGUUACACAUAAAAUGGACUUAGCAUAUGGAAUGAUGGGGUCAUUAUUCCGUAGUGGUAGUCGUCAAACUUUUUUCAGCAGUCAAGUUGUGAGAUAUGCUGAUCUUUAUGCUGCUUCUUUUCUAAAUUUGAUGUACUAUCCUUUCUCAUAUAUGUUUAGAGCACCUGCUAUGCUGAUGCCUCAUGAGAGUACAGUAGCUCAUGAACAACGGUAUGUUAUUGACGCUCCUAUGAUCAGUCGCUCAAGAACGUUUAAAUCGAAAAAAGAAAAUAAAAGUAUGCUGCAACCUGAAAACUUUCUGAAUAAUCUCAAUAAUUGUGCUAGUGAUUCUGAUAUAUCACAGGCAUGCGUCGCAAGGAUUCGAUCUUAUUGUUUUAACGGUAAAUAUCUAAAUGGUCCACCACAUCCGGCUGGGCAUCACAAAUCUGAAAAUAGUAUUUUCUCCAUAGGUACUACUAAUGCCAUUAGAAAUGAUGGAGUACCUCAUAUGAGACCAAUUACUCCACAAAACGUAACACACACUCAUGAUGACGAUUACAGUGACGACGAAAUCGAUGAUAGUAAAAGUUAAUACAAGAAUGAACUAGUUCUGAGCUUGUCAAAAGCAUAAUAUGUGUAUAAUAUUCUCUAGAAUAUAUAAAUAUAAUGUAAU